AUGAGGCGAGCGCCGGCCGCCGAGCGCCUCUCCGAGCUGGGCUUUCCCCCGUGGCGCGGCCGCCAGGAGCCGCCUUUUCCGCUGGGUGUCGCUCGGGGGUGGGGAGGAUGGCCCAUUGAAAAGCGCCGCGAGGGGGUCCGGCCAGUGCCCUUCGGUGAGCGCACGCAAGAGGACUGCGCAGGCUGGGCAGCUCGCGGCUCCGGGACCUUGCGGCGCAUUAGGACGCGGCUGCCCCUCUGCCGGGACCCCGAGCCGCCGCCGCCGCUCUGCCUCCUGCGUGUGAGCCUACUCUGCGCGCUCCGGCCGGGCGGCCGUGGGAGCCGCUGGGGCGAGGACGGCGCGCGGCUGCUGCUGCUGCCCCCGGCCCGGGCGGCUGGAAGCGGAGAGGCCGAGCCGAGCGGCGGCCCCCCUUAUGCCGGGAGGAUGCUCGAGAGCAGCGGAUGCAAGGCGCUGAAGGAGGGCGUGCUGGAGAAGCGCAGCGACGGGCUGCUGCAGCUCUGGAAGAAAAAGUGCUGCAUCCUCACCGAGGAGGGGCUGCUGCUCAUCCCGCCCAAGCAGCUGCAACACCAGCAGCAGCAACAGCCCGGGCAAGUGACGGCCGAGCCGUCCCAACCCAGCGGCCCCGCUGUCGCCGGCCUUGAGCCUCCGGUCAAGCUCAAAGAACUGCACUUUUCCAACAUGAAGACCGUGGACUGCGUGGAGCGCAAGGGCAAGUAUAUGUACUUCACUGUGGUGAUGGCGGAGGGCAAGGAGAUCGACUUUCGGUGCCCGCAGGACCAGGGCUGGAACGCCGAGAUCACGCUGCAGAUGGUGCAGUACAAGAACCGUCAGGCCAUCCUGGCGGUCAAGUCCACGCGGCAGAAGCAGCAGCACCUGGUCCAGCAGCAACCCCCGCAGCCGCAAAUCCAGCCCCAGCCUCAACCCCAACCCCAUCAAGCCCAGCCUCAGCCUCAGCCCCAACCCAAGCCUCAGCCCCAGCAGCUCCACCCAUACCUGCAUCCUCAUCCUCAUCCGCACCCGCACGCUCAUCCACACCAACUACAGCACCCGCACCAACAACCGCACUCGCAGCCGCACGGCCACCGGCUUCUCCGCAGCACCUCCAACUCUGCCUGAAGGGGGCAGCACCAGGACCAGACAAGGUUUUGAGAACUUGAGGAAGUGGGACAAGCACAUUUCUGUUGUCUUCACUUGGAUCAAAAGCAAGAGCGUCCCCGCCCCACACCAGUUCAAGUAGUUUGGAC